AUGCGCACGCCGUCGCGAACUCGCAGAGUCAGAAGUAGUGACGAAGUGCGCGGCGGGGUGCCCUCGAGCGUGCCUCAACGCGCCGUUACGCAACUGCAAGCUCUUUGGGUGCGAAAACCUCACAUACGAUUGAAAUUCACGCUAAAGAUUGCUUCGGCAAGCGCUCACGGUGGUCAUCUUUGGGCGCUGCGUCUCAGUAAGAAGCGCUGGCAGCUGCCCUUCGUUGCGGUGGUCCCGUGGCUCACCAUCGAGCUUCACGACAGCCCUCAUACUUGGGCAGUCAUGGCUUCGGUGAGAGAGCAGCUAGUCACUGAAGAAAGCAAUCAUUUCACUCUAUACACAAUGGCACAUCUUGUGCGUAACGCUCUUACGGGGAGCCAGUCGUGCGUGCCCUCCAGCAUCGACAGCAUCUACAGGGUCAAGCUACCUCAACCCCAGCGGCGACAGAUUGAAAACAAAUCCACAGCAUCAACAGCAGCUACGGUACACGAGGAUCGCGUCCGACCUCCCAGAAACCAGCAGUUGCUGCAUUGUGGGCCCACUGCGCGGCACUCACCCAGCGCCGCAGCGAUCCAGCCAAACGCAAGAGCGACACCAGGCCCCAUCACCCAGACUCACUUAAAAAUCCCAAUGAGCCUUUUCAAAAACUCCCACGCCAAACUACAAACUAACAAUACGCAACCUGCCUGUCGCGGCGCUGCACUGCUUCACCUCACCCCAGCUCGUCGUUAUCCUACCACCCGCCCUGGACGCACCUCUGCUCAGCUCAAUAGAGCAACAACAAGGUCCGUACAGAAACUUAGAUCACUGCCAAAAUCACUGACAGCAAAAGCAAUCCCGCCCAUCACUCACCUUCAGACCUGA